CACAGCAUAAAGAUGAUUAUAAGAGAGAUAGGGUGGGAGAGUCUUUCUAAUUUUGGGCCUUCCUUUCAGGGGAACCUCUUUCCUAACACCACCGUCCAACAAAAUUGUUUUCCUCCACAGAUUGAAUUUGAAUUUCUCAACUUUCCGUGCUUGUUCCACCGCCCCCAAGCAAUUCCCACGCAAAAAUUUCCAGCAAGAAAUUUCCAUAUUGAUAUCAAACCUGUUGGAUGUCCAAGAAUUUUUCCCUGUCAUGCCAUUUUUGAUCUUUGCACAAUCCUUUGCAUGAACUGAUCAACCCUUUUACAAGGAUUGCAACAGAUCAAAACAUUCCAUGUAAUCCACAGAAACAUAUAAUUCUCCUUCCCCUGAGGAGAAGGUUGGAUACAAGAAAAGGAAGGAAACACGAAUGGCUUUUCGUGUUUCCGCGAGAAAUCAUUCCAUGUCCUCUUCACAACAACCCCUGGCUCAGAAACUAAUGAAUGAUCCCGUGACGCAGAAAACGGCACAGAGUAUGGUUACGUGCGUAUAUCAGACACAUAUUGCUGGUUUUUGGCGUAAUGUGACUAUAGUGUGGAGCAAGAACCUCAUGAAUUACUCUCUAAGCAUAUCUGUGGAGAGCAUUGACCAUGAUCAACCUUACAUGUGCAAAAUCGAACUUAAACCUUGGCAUUUUUGGGCCAAGAGAGGGUAUAGGACCUUUGAAGUUGAUGGGCACCAACUUGAUGCCUAUUGGGACUUAAGAUCAGCAAAAUUUUCAGGCAGUCCAGAGCCCAGUUCCGAUUUUUAUGUUGCCUUAGUUUCUGAAGAAGAAGUGGUGUUAUUGCUAGGGGACAGCAAGAAAAAGGCCUAUAAGAGAACGAAAGGAAGGCCUGCCCUUGUGGAAGCUGUUAUGUUCUACAAGAAAGAGCAUGUUUUUGGCAAGAAAUCGUUCUCCACGAGGGCAAAGUUUGAUCAGAAGAAACGGGAGCACGAAAUCGUUGUGGAGAGCUCGACCUCAGGGCCUAGAGAACCAGAAAUGUGGAUUAGCAUAGACGGGAUUGUGUUGAUACACAUAAAGAAUUUGCAGUGGAAAUUCAGGGGUAAUCAGACUGUAUUGGUGAACAAGCAGCCGGUACAAGUGUUCUGGGACGUGCACGCUUGGUUGUUCUGUGCCCCGGGGUCGAGCCAUGGCUUGUUCAUCUUCAAGCCUGGUGAACCCGAAGCAGAUAGCGAUGUGGAAGACGAGACUCGCGGCGAUGAGAGUGAUUGUAGUGGCCCAAGCAAGUAUUACUCAACGCUGAGCUAUUCAAAGGCCUCUCAGUUCUGUCUUUUCCUAUAUGCAUGGAAGAUUGAGUGAGGAAAAAAGGCACGAGAAAAAGCUCGAAAAUGGUGUGAUCUCCCGUGACUUGUAGGGUAAGUUUAUUGAUGUUGCUGAUGAUACUGCUGGAACAUGCUGGUUUAGUUUACAAGUCAAAGUGUUAGAAUAGAGAAGGCUGAUGAGUUUUGUCCACUCAUACAUACUUCAAAUAGGCCACUGAAUCAUCUGAAUUAGCAAUCAGAUAGCACGGCAGGUAGCUCCCUAACACACUGUAUAUGUACUUGAUUUUUCAUUUCUUGUGCCAACAAAAGGAUACUACUAAUUUCCGUGCUCUCAUUCAACAUCAAUCUCAUUGUGCUGCAUGCUGACAUUGAUCACCAUUUGUAAUUUUCCUUCAUCCUGUCGACGUUGCGGUCUAUCACAGUGAAAUGUAGCACCUUGGCCGUGCAACAAGGGCCGAAACAUAGCGCUACAAAAAACCUGCUCCCGAAAGCAGCAUCUGUGUUGCUCACAACAGAUUCUUGCAUCAUGAUGUAUGAGAAGCCAGGCCCGGCUUUUCGCCUCCCAAAGAAAAUAUUCAGAUUCUUUGCGAUUUUGCAUUAUGUAUAUAGAAUAUUUUCUUGGAAAUAUAGCUGAUGUGAAUUUCAUAGA